AUGGCUAUAGGGCCUUCGUAUGGCGUCCCGGCAGAGCAUAUUUACAGCACGGAUUGGAUGCUCCGGCUUUUAAAGGACCACGGGUUGAAUUCGAGAGGGGAGGAGGUUAAUCUGGCCGGAGGUGCAGGCUCGGGGACUGAUGCCGGCCCUGAUGGAGCAGGUUCGGGGGAAGAGGGUCCUGCUGGUGGUGGUGCUCAGGGUGGGGACUCAGGCUCGGGGCGUGUUCCUUGGAACGAGGUUCCGUUUGAUAUCCGGAUUCGGUACGAGAUUUCUGUGGUGAAACGUGCACGGCCUAACUUAGACAACAAGGUGGUUGCUGCAGCGAUUACAGCUAAGUACGGAAACGAAACGGGGAUGAACUUUCGGUCGCUGGACAGAAUAAGUACGUUUUACGACAAGUGGUUCGGGAUUGUUACCGCAGCGGUGCCAGAUCCGAACCUGUUACGAAUGGAGGAGGCAUUGGCUGAGUGGGUGAUUAAAGAAGAGGAGCGGGAGAAGAGGGAGGUGACUCGAGAGGAGAUUAUAGCGAAGGCGAAGGAGAUAGGUCCGGGAUAUAAUGUGCGGCCGGGUUUCAGGUAUGGCAGGUCGUGGGCUACGAGGUUUAUGAAAAGGUUCGGGCUGCUGCUGCUAUCAGAGACUAGUAACGAGGAUGCUGAUAGCGAGGAUGGGGGAGGCGCGCGAGGAGAGGGAGGAGCGGGAGAGGAUGGGAUGGAGAAAGGAGACGAAGAGGAGGGAGAGGUGGAGGGAUGGGAUGGUGGGUUGAUCAGUUUUGUGAACAUGCAGAUUCGGACUGCUGAAUGGGCUGCCUGGCAGGUGUUGCAUAAGUCGGCAGGGGGUACAGCAGCGGGACGCUCAAUAUCGAGUACAGGGGUAGGAAGGGAAGGAGAUGAAGGAGGUGAAGGAGUAGGAGGGGGCGUUGUGACCACGGGUGCAGCCACCCCAGCCAUGGGUGUGGCCCCACCAGCCACAGGUGCAGCCACCCCAGCCAUGGGUGUGGCCCCACCAGCCACAGGUGCAGCCACUCCAGCCAUGGGUGUGGCCCCACCAGCCACGGGUGCAGCCCCCAGCACACCCACUGGCAUCUCUUCCCCCUACCUCGCCAGAGCUGCGCUGCCGGCUUGGGGCGUGCAGAUAUACAGCGCCACUAUAUCGUACAUAGUAAGAGAUAGGUGGUGGUGGAUGACUAUUCCCCGGGGGAAAGAGCAGGAGAUGAGCAGAGUGCCGGGGAAGGCGUGGAGGAAUAUGGGGAAGAAGAAGAAGAGGAAGAGGAGGAGGAAGAAGAAGCGGGUGGUUGGAGCGGGGGUGGGGAGGUGGGCGAGGUUGGAAGAGGCGUUGGGGCGGUGGUUUGAGGAGAUGGGGGCGGAGGAGUUGGUUUGCCGGGGGAGGAUUAGAGAGCGGAGAUUGGUGCUGGAGGAGCAGGGGGAGGAUGGGGGGAAGGAUGGGGGGAAGGCAGCUCAGAAGCGCCCGUUUCCUGUGUUUCUGACGCUGGAAAUGGUUUCUGACAUGGGGAGGAAGCUUGGGCCUGCUUUAGGCGUUUCGAGUAACUUUAACAGUCGAGAAGAGGACCCGUACGCUCUAGACCAGUGGGUGGAUGAUCCAGAUGUAUCAAGCCUUAUGAGGGCAAUUUUGGGGCCGGAUUGGCUUAGUAAGUACCACGGCGGUGCCACUGGCUGCGGCAUUUACCUCGAUGCUGCUGGUGCCAGCAGUGCUGCCCCUGCCGCUGCUGCUGCUGCUGCUGCCACUGCUGGUGCUGCUGCUGGUUUCAGCAGUCCUGCUGCUGGUUUUGCUAUGGGUGGGCAUGGGCAUGGCAGUGGGUUUGUCAGGGGGAGCCUGUCGUCCCUUGCGUCGCCUCUCAUGCACUGCAUGCCCCUCUCGGCAGUGCCCAUGGUGCAGCAGAUGCAGCAGAACGAAACCACCCCAACUCCCGGUGUGCGCAAGCGGAUACAUGGCCCCCCCCUGCCCGUGCCGCUCCGCCGCUCCUUCCAAAUGACCACGCACCAAAAGCGGGCGCUUUGCCUCGUCAUACACUCCGUUCCGAACCUCUCCAGCUUGUUCCUUGCCAAGGCUCUGCUCCAGGCUUGGGGAACGCCCGUGUUCGAGUCCAUGAUUCGGAAAAUCAGGCAGCACGGCGAUUGGUGGAUGAAUAUUCCAAGAGGGAAGGAGGAGGAGUUUAGAGUGAGAGGAAAGCGGUGGGAUUGGAAGAAGAAGAAGUAUUAUGCGGUGGAGGGUGGUGUGGAUGGGCGGGUGCAGUGUCACAAGCAGAGGGAGGGGUUUUCGGGCAAGGAUGGUUCAUGGGCAGCGGGUCUUCCUGCACCUCGUGCUACUGGCUUCUCUGGUUCUCAAGCCGCUGGUAUCUUAGGGCUCCGUUGUCCCCCCGGUUUCCCUGGCUCCCGUGCUGCAGACCCUCUUGCCCCUCGUGCUGGCUUCCCUGGUGCACAUGCAGCUGACCCUCUUGCUCCUCGUGCUCCUGAAUUUCGAGGCACACGUACCGCUGCUGACCCCUCUUGCUCCUCGUGCUCCUGUCAUGGGUUCGGAGGAGUGGCAGCAGAGGCUGCCAGGGGCAGCACAGGUGGUUUCACUGCCGCACCAUCCCUUGGUAACGGUCUCAACCGCUCUCCACCCAUGCCUGGAACACGGCUUUCUCUGGUCCCCAAGCAGCUGGUCUCACUCCCAAUGCAGGCCCUGCUGGUCCCACCACGCGUGGCAAGCGCUUGCCAAAGUGUGCGGUGGAGACAGGAUCAGAGAGGAGGAGGUGGUGGUGGAGAGUGGAUGGGAGGGCUGCCUGGCGGCACUGGUGCUUUUCUUACUCCUCUCGGAACGCAUCUGGGUACUUGUAUGAGCGGGGAGAGAGGGCAUUUGGUGGUAGUGAGUGGGGGGAAGGAGCGGGAGGAGGGGGAGGAGCAGUGGGAUGGGGAGGGGAAGGAGGAGGGGAAGAUAGAGGACCUGAAGUAUGGGGUUAGAGGAUUGGGUAAUGAGAAAAGGCAGGGAAAGAAGAGGAGGGUGGUAGAGGAGGAGAGAGUGAGAGAGGAGAGAUUGGGGAGGAAGGAGAUGGUGAGAGAGGAGAUGGCACGAGAGGAGAGGGUGAGAGAGAAGGUGAGAAGGAGGGGAGACGGAUGGUGUGGGGAGAGAAACAGGGGGACAGGCUGGAGGGGGAUGGGGGCGAGAUGGGCGGCAGUGACGGGGAGCGGGGGCGGCGGUGACGAGGAUAGGGGCGGCGGUAGCAGGGAGAGGGGCGGCAGUGACGGGGAGAGGGGCGGCAGUGACGGGGAGAGGGGCGGCAGUGACGGGGAGAGGGGCGGCAGUGACGGGGAGAGGGGCGGCAGUGACGGGGAGAGGGGCGGCAUUGGAAGGGAGAGGGGCGGGCGGUGA